CCCGCGGGUCGCCGCGAGGGGGCGCCCGAAGGCGGGCUUCUGCCGGCGCUGCUCCGCCUCCCGCGCGGCCGUUCCGGACUCCGCCGACCGGGAAGCCAGGCGCCCCCGCGGGGUCCCAGAGAGGGCCGGGUUCCGCUCGCCAGCCUCCGGGGGCCGCAUGGGGUGGUCGCCGGGAUGGCCGGCUGGGCGCCGCCGCAGCUGGAGGACUUCAUCCUGACCGAGAGGCUGGGCAGCGGCACCUACGCCACUGUCUUCAAAGCCUACAGGAAGAAGGACGUCCGGGAGGUUGUGGCCAUCAAGUGCGUCAGCAAGAAGAGCUUGAACAAGGCGUCUGUGGAGAACCUCUUGACGGAAAUCGAGAUCCUCAAGACCAUCCGCCACCCGCACAUUGUGGAGCUGAAGGACUUUCAGUGGGACAAGGACUACAUCUACCUGAUCAUGGAAUUUUGUGCGGGGGGUGACCUGUCUCGCUUUAUCCAUGCACGGAGGAUCCUGCCGGAGAAGGUGGCUCGCAUUUUCCUACAACAACUGGCCUGUGCCUUAAAGUUCCUCCAUGACAAGAAUAUUUCCCAUUUGGAUCUGAAGCCUCAGAACAUCCUGCUGAGCUCCUUGGAUAAGCCUCACUUGAAACUGGCAGAUUUUGGAUUUGCCCAGCACAUGUCCCCAAGAGAUGAGAAGCACGUGCUGAGGGGUUCUCCACUUUACAUGGCCCCCGAAAUGGUGUGCAGACGGCAAUACGACGCCCGCGUGGAUUUGUGGUCCGUGGGGGUGAUUCUCUAUGAGGCUGUGUUUGGCCGGCCACCUUUUGCCUCCAAGUCCUUCACUGAGCUGGAGGAGAAGAUCCGCAGCAACCAAGCCAUCGAGCUCCCCAGCCGCCCCCGCAUCUCGCUGGAGUGCCGGGACCUCCUACAGCGCCUGCUGAAGAGGGACCCCCAGCAGCGCCUCUCUUUCCAGGAGUUCUUUGCCCACCCCUUUGUGGACAUGGAGCACAUGCCCGGCCUGGAGAGCCUGGGCAAAGCGUCGUCUCUCGUGAUGGAAGCGAUAAAGAAGGACCAGGAAGGAGACGCUGCUGCUGCCCUUUCCCUCUACAGCAAGGCCCUGGAGUACUUUGUCCCUGCCUUGCGCUACGAGGUCGAUGUCCGCAGGAAGGAGGCGAUCCGAUCCAAGGUGAGCCAAUACAUUUCCCGAGCGGAGCAGCUCAAAGCACUGGUUGCUUCCGACAACAAGGCCCUCCUUCAGCAGGGCUGCCCUGCCAGGGACAUCUUGAAAGAGAUGUCCAGGGAUAAGCCUCGCCUCUAUGCUGCUCUGGAGGUGGCAUCGGCCGCUGUUGCUAAGGAGGAGGAGGGCAAAGAUGACAGCGAAACCCUUGAUCUCUACCAGCAGAGCCUGGGGGAGCUGCUGCUCAUGUUAGCUGCUGAGCCUGCGGGAAGGAGACGGGAGUUGCUGCAUGCUGAGAUCCAGACACUGAUGGGCCGAGCAGAAUACCUGAAAGAGCAGAUCAAGAUGAAGGAGUCGCAGUGGGAAGCUGAAGCCAUUGGCAAGGAGGGGAUGCUGGACUCUGUGAGAAGCUCCUGUACCUUGCAGUAGUUCCCUGGACAGUGCCCAAUGGAUUCAGCCCCUCGACCCCCACGAACGACAGGCGGUCCUCUUGCCUGGACACAGUUUAUGCAUUGAAGAUUCGCGGUGGCUGUUGGCGUGGAAUUGGGUUUGGGCUUUGAACACACACACACACACACACACACACACGGAGGGAGGGAGAAGGGAGCAUUCUUUGUGAAGUGUGAGGUUAUUUAAACAGCCAUUGCUUGUAUAGUGUAAUUAAUUUAUAUACUGCAAAUUGUAAUUUUGUUGAGCAGCGUUAAGUGUAAGCGGAGGCUCUUCUAAGCAAUUUAAUGUACAGGAAUCAAGCUCAGGGCAGCCACAUGCCCCUCUCAGGAGAUGCAAAGCAUGGAAUCAAGAGGGGGGGCUUUCGAGAGUCUGAUUGUAUGGGGAGGGUCUUUGCUAUAAUGGUUGGGGUUUUAGGUUCUCUGGUAGGGGGAAGAGCUGGGCUCACACUGAGCACUUUACUGUCUUCACCUAUAAACUGCUUUCUACUUCAUGCCCUCGAGAGAGACGUGCUUAUUCCACCAAUUUUGUUAAGCACAGGUCAUAGGAGGGGAGGGAGUCGUUCUGUUCAGUGAAAGAGCUUGAUUAGACUUUUCCUCCCCAAGAGGGAGGAAACUGCUGUGGUUACAUUAUCCACU